CAAGAAAGCGAAGAGGAGAGCAGAGGGAGCCAGCUCAAACGUGUUCUCCAUGUUUGAACAGGCCCAGAUCCAGGAGUUCAAAGAAGCUUUUACUAUUAUGGACCAAAACAGAGACGGCUUCAUAGACAAGAAUGACCUCAGAGACACAUUUGCAGCUUUAGGUCGUUUAAAUGUGAAGCAAGAGGAGCUUGACGAGAUGCUGAAAGAAGCACCAGGACCCAUUAAUUUUACAGUCUUUCUCACCAUGUUUGGAGAAAAACUGAAAGGAGCUGACCCCGAGGAGACCAUCCUCAACGCUUUCAAAGUCUUUGACCCCGAAGGAAAGGGAACUUUAAAGAAAGACUUUGUGACAGAGAUGCUGACAACUCAGGCAGACAGGUUCUCUCCUGAGGAGAUGCAGCAGAUGUUCACCGCAUUUCCUCCGGAUGUCACGGGCAACCUUGACUACAAGAACCUCGUCCAUAUCAUCACACACGGGGAAGAGAAAGAUCAAGAAUAGAUCCACACCGCUGACUGGCAUCUCUGAGUUGGCAUUGACCCCCUGUAACAUUGAAAGCAAUGGGU